AUGAGUAUUGAUACAUUCCUUCUACCAGAUUUCCAAACAUGUCUCCGGUACAGCGUGCAGACGAAGAGAAAUUUCAUUUGCAUAGCGAAACGGAUUAUGAAGGCGGAGGAGAAACAAACCGAUAAGAAGAACCCCAGAUCAGCGCCACACGCUGAUGUUGAGCCGAUACCGUCCAUGGAGGAUGAUAUCAAACUUGCCGCUGAAAGAGACGAACCGCCUGCGAUCCAGUUACAAAGGGCGAUACAUCACCACCAAAUUGGUGAUAAACUCGUGCUGCGAUCGUCGCUUUUAAAGAAAGAUUUCGCAGAGCAUUUACAUCAGAAAUCGAGCCAUCAUGAACCCGGGCUUGAGAUUGUGAUUAUCCCAAAUAUCAAUGAUAUCCCAAUACGGGACCAAGGCAGUUUGGUUCGUUGGAUGAGGGACAGUGCAGUGGAGAAUGCCCCGCGCAUCUUUAUAGGGCUGCUACAAUGGGAUCCGACGAAGGAGGAGACUUGCAGUGGGGAGACUGAAUCCAGAGCUGGGACCAAACGUGAUUCUUCGAAAGUACCGUAUGAGAAGCACUUGCAAUCAAAAUUAAAGAUUAACGAUUGGUUGAGGCACAAGUUUUGGUUUGCAUGCUCGAUGCCGAAAUCGGACUCGAUAAAUUCGUCUCUAUCUAGUGGGUACUUUAGCGAAGCGGAGAGUUUGACGGAUAUGGGUGCCAAAGACAUAGUAAGGAAGCAACGAAUCGGUGAUCUAGGGUACUCGGAGGUCCAUAUUGAACCAUCGCUCCGAAGGUACGUUUUAGAUGUAAUGGUGCAUUUGAGGAUACACAGGCUUACGGUACAUGGGAAGGGAGGUGGUGUACACACAGGGUGCUUAGAAGACAUACUGACUUUGGCACAGUUGAUGUGUUUGGACGACAACAAAGAAUUUGUCACGCCGAGAGAGAUUAAGCAAGCGAUGAGAUGGUACUUCCCUGUACAUCUAAUGUUGAUUACAAACCCGUUGCUGGACACCAGUAUCCUAUAUGGGAGCAAGAUACGGCUGAUCGAUGAGUUCCUUUCGAAAGUUGCAAGAAUGAAGCAACAGAAAUCGUUGGAGUUGGAAAACCCGUUAAUUUUAGAGUCGUUGGUUGUCCAAGACGUACUGAGUAAAGUAGUUCCCCCUAUAUAA